AUGGGCCUGGGUUGUGGGCAUUCGGUGUGCCAAUUAUGCUCUAGGAGAGCCCAAAGUUGCCCAAAAUGUAGACAGAUAUUCACUGCCCCGACUGUCAACUAUGAUUUGCUAGGUGUCCUUGAGCAAUACUUGAAGUUGAAGGCGGAGAAUGAUGCCAAUACUCAAUUGAGUGCUCAGGCAGUCAAUGACUUGCGAAGAAUGCAGGAAGAACGCAACAAUGCACAUUUACUGCUCGUAGAAGCGGAACGAAAGCAACUUCUGGAUGAGCAAAAGGCUCAUGAGGCAAGAGACGUGGAACGCGCCAUAGCACAAUCGUUGCUCGACGAGGAAAAACGAAAGAAUCAUGAAAAUGAGCGAGAGCUUCUUGGCGCAUAUAAUCUGCAUCAAAAUCAACAAAGGGACAUGGAGGAAAAAUUUGUACAACUAGCAAUACUCCGGUCUCGAGAGGAGAAACUCGUGAACGAGUCCCGUCAAAAUGCGGAUCUCCAAAAGUCGAUCACCGAGUUGGCAGCCGCUCAACUCGGGAAAGCAAUAAACUGGAAGACGGUGUUCAUUCGUGGUUUGCCGGCCGGGAUGAGCGAGGAUCAAUUCGAGCUCAUGUCCCUAGCGAUCAUCGAUGAUCUCACCGAGAAAAUCACUAUCAAAAUUCAUCAACCGCAAAGCAAAGGAGAGUGUCUGAUCACUUUCGAAUACGAUGAAUCGGCUAGCAAGUUCAUCGAAAUGUACAACAAACAAAAGUUUAUGGACACGGAAAAAGUGAUGAAGAUUGAAUAUGGAAAGUUCACUGUGAAGAAUGACAAUUUGACAUCAUCAAACAAUCAGCCACAAUCAACCAAUGUCCAGACAAUCGACAAGACAAAACUCUUCAUCACUGGUAUUCCUUCGUGGGUUUCUGUAGAUGAUAUUCACAAGUGGAUCUUCGAAUUCAAUCCAAAUCUUCAAAAUGGAAAAUCGGGAAUUUCCUUGCGAAAAAGUGGCGACAAGCAAACUUGUCUGGCUAGCUUCACAAAUGACAACGAUCCGACCAAAAUAAUCACUAAAUUUCACAAUCAAUUAUAUCCGGGGUCGGAUCAUGAACUUGCCAUUUAUCAUCACCGACCGAAACCACAAAACAGAACACAACAAAAUGAUAUACAAAAGCGUCCAAAUGAGACGCCAAAAACGAACGAUGAAGUCGAUCUCUUUAUAUUGGGUUUGCCACCAAAAGUCACCGAAACUGAUGUGACGGUGAUGAUCUUUCGAAAUUCACCAAAUUUACUCACACAUAGCAUCUCACUCAAACCCGUUGGCAGUGUGCAAUCGUGUAAAGCGACAGUGAAAAGUAGAACCUUCGCUACUCUGCUCAUGUCCGAGUGGAACGGAAAGAAUUAUCCGGGUAGCAGCAGUUUCAUCAAGAUCGAUUUCUUUAAGCCACCCAACCGCCCAAGAGAUCCUUCAAGAGGCCGUGCUACCCAACAAUUGAGCCGUCCAGUCCCUAGACUCACCCCAUCGCCCACCAGCCCCACAUACCCGCCUCGUCAACAUCGACAAGACAACUUUCAGCCGCCGCAAAUGUUUUAUGCACAGCAGCAGUAUCAACAAGUGCUCGCUCCAAACCACUUUGCUGAAAGAGUCGAAACUCACCAAUUCGCGCCAACCUUUAACUCUGGCUUGCCAACACCUCAGCAACUACACAAAGUGCUCGUGAGCGGGCUACCGGCUGAAACACAAAUCGAUGAUCUUGUCACCGCGUUUCAUCCGAUAUGCAAAAUCGCUCUUGAUUUCGAAUUAAAUCCACGAAUCGAAAUAUACCGUGAUACAGAGGGUCGUUUCCUUGGAAUAGCUUCGGUCGCUUUUCAAACAAGCGACGCAGCUCAAAAGAUUGUCCAUCUCUUCAACAAUACCCAAUUCGGUUCUACCAACAACGUCACUAACAGAACAGAAAGAGAACAUAUGCCAGAAUUCGUCAAACUUCAAGCGGGGAAACAGGCAGGCGGCAGUGUAGAUAUCCUCUUCUAUUUGACGCUGAGCCUCAGGGUGGCCGCCAUGUUAAACAUCGGCUUUGUGAUCAUCGAACAGAGGCGAGCACGGCGACGUGAAUGGACGGAUAGGGCCGAGAAGGAGCGCAAGCAGGGGUUUGAACAAGAGAAAAUCCAACAAUGGUAUCUCGAAGAGGUCUACAAGGAGAUAGCGCGCAAAAAUCAACAGAAACUCCGCGAGAAACAGAACAAACAACUUGAUGCCAUCAAGAACCCAUUGCUUGCACUCCAUAACCUCAAGGCUCUCAACCUGGGAGGUAAACGCGAGCCUGAGAAUAACACAAAUACAAAGGAUGAGAAGGUGACGAAGAUAAGACAAACGCACGCCGCAAGAUCGAAAGAUGAGUCGACGCAAUCGAGCAACAAGACGCAGACAAAGAAGAGCACGGUGGCGAAAGGAAGUGGUGCACCUCGCUUAGAGAAGACGGCCUCUAUGCAAUCUGUGCUUUCACCGAUCCGCACCGCGCCGACGAUGACGGUUGAAGUAACUCAAGAGAUGCCAGAGGCGAGCAACAAUGAC